UUUUAACAAUGGCCUCUGGUCGAUUCAGUUCAAUUCUUCCUCCUACCUGUCUUUUACUUUGGUUUUGAGGUAGACACCGACCAUGAGCUGUUUACGACGUUAUGGUGGGAGCCUCCCUAGGGCUCUCCGAUCAUCGACCCCGUGGAGAGCCGCAUCAGUCCCCUCUUUGGGGAAAUACGUACCCCGCCGUCAGUUCCACGCUGCUUCGGCGCUGUGGGGGAUCAAGUCGCAGGUGUUGAAGGAUGUGGGGGAAGGUAUCAUGGAAGUCCAGAUCAUCCAGUGGUACGUCGAGGAAGGCGCCCAUAUCGAGGAGUGGAAGCCGCUGUGUCAAUACCAAUCGGACAAGGCCGUAGACGAUAUCACGUCGAGGUAUGAAGGGGUGGUCAAAAAGCUUCAUUUCCAAGCAGACGACACUGUUCCAACCGGCCAGGCACUCUGCGAUAUAGAAGUCGACGACAAACAGUACCCCGACGAGCAUCCCCCACCGGAACCUGCACCACAGCCCGCAGCUACCCCCCCUCCUUCCGAGCCCGUACCAACACAGCCCACGGCGACCUCUGCACCGACCCCUCCUGUAAAUCCCGCUCCAGUCAGCCCCCCCAAAUCCCGAGUUGCAAUGCUGGCAACCCCCGCAGUGCGGGGCAUGCUCAAGACCCUCAACGUCAACAUCCAAGACGUCAAUGGAACCGGUAAAGACGGACGCGUCCUCAAGGAAGACGUACAGCGUUUCGUCGCCAACCGCGACUCCGCAGCCGCAGCCCCAGUCUCAUCCCCGGCCCCAACAACCGCACCUCAAACCGAAACGACCGUCGACCUCUCGCCGUUCCAAGCCCAAAUGUUCAAGACCAUGACACGCUCGCUCAACAUCCCACACUUCCUCUACGCAGACGAGCUCAACAUCAGCAACAUCACCGCCCUGCGCAAGAGACUCGCCAACAACCCCAAGGACCCGCAGAAAAUCACCUUCCUCUCCUUCGUCGUCAAAGCAGUCUCCCUCGCCUUGAACGACCACCCCCUCCUCAACGCCAAGCUCGACACAUCCAGCAACGCCGACAAGCCCCAGCUAAUCAUGCGCCCACGACACAACAUCGGCGUCGCAAUGGACACACCCACGGGACUAAUCGUCCCCAACGUGAAAGACGUCGCCAACCGCUCCAUCGCAGACAUCGCGGCGGAGAUCACGCGCCUCGCGGCCCUAGGCCAGCAGGGCAAGCUGACGCCGGCGGACCUCAGCGGCGGCACCAUCACCGUGUCCAACAUCGGCAACAUCGGCGGCACCUACGUCGGCCCGGUUGUCAUCCCCAACGAGAUGGCCAUCCUGGGCAUCGGCAAGUCGCGCACGAUGCCUGUCUUCAAUGACGAAGGGCAGGUAGUCCCAGCCGAGCUGGUCAACUUCAGCUGGAGCGCGGACCACCGCGUGGUAGACGGGGCGACGAUGGCGCGCAUGGCGACUAAAAUCAAGGAGAUGAUGGAGGCGCCGGAGGGGAUGUUGCUUAAUAUGCGAUAGCCG